AGGUGUUAACAUGAUGACCGGUAGAUUAUGCUGGGCAACUAUUAAAAGAAAACGAACAGAGAAGCCCAUCAUAUCGUUUUCAGAAUCGGCUUUUGAAAACAGCUCCGUUAUAUCACGCAAUCCCCAUUCAUUCUUCCACGUGCACCUGCACCCAAUACGGAGUUCAGCACGAGCCAAUGAGAGAGACUUGCGUGCUUGCCGCAACGAGACGCAGCACGAGCUCCAACAACAAGCUGCGGAGAAACGGUAAAUCUCUACAAACGUUUUCGGGGAAAAACACACGAGAACUCAGAUCUCAUACAGAUUGGUGCUACCAGUCCCAAAAUACCUGUGACACCCCUUGUAAUGGACCAGAGAAGUGGGAACAUGUCAACAGAGUCUGUGCUGGCGAGAACCAAUCCCCCAUCAACAUCGUCCACAGGAAGACCGUACCAGACAAGCGCCUCACACCUUUCCAAUUCAAACAGUACCAGGAUUCCUUCCAAGGCUCGAUCAAAAACAAUGGACACUCUGUUCAGGUGAGCGUGCCUCACGAUGCCUAUGUGAUUGGUGGAGACCUGGAGAUGCCCUAUAAGGCGGUGCAGUUCCACCUGCACUGGGGCAAGAAAGGAGGGCCGGGGUCAGAACACACCAUCGACGGAGAGCAGUACCCCAUGGAGCUGCAUAUUGUUCACAUGAAACAGCAGCACUCAAACUUGGGAGAUGCCUUGAAAGAUCCAUCCGGAGUUGCAGUCCUGGGAUUUUUCUACGAGGAAUCUCUCAGUGAAAACCGAAAAUAUGACCCCAUUGUAAAAGCUCUCCAGAGCAUCAGGACGACUCAUGCUCAAGCCACUCUGAGUGCUGUGUCUCUGGAGCAGCUGAUUCCUCCCCAGCAGAACCUGACCAACUACUACCGUUACAAAGGCUCCCUCACCACCCCCAACUGCACCGAGUCUGUGGUCUGGACCGUGUUUGAGAAGCCCAUUCCUCUCAGCAAAAACCAGCUGCUUAAGUUUUCAGAACUCCAGUUUAAGGAUGGCAAGGACAUGGUGGAUACCUUCCGGCCGGUGCAGCCCCUGAACCGCCGCGUAGUGUACCGGUCCGGAGGCGCAGUGGUACUGGCCAGCGUCGCGCUCCUCGUGGCUUCCGUCGCCAUGGCGACGGGACUGUCACAGCCCAACUAGAGGAAGGCAUUCCGAUGCGAGCGAGCCGCACCACCACCACCACCAGCAUGAACACCACGAGUUCUCAGAACCAACCACCAAAUCAACAAACUAAACUAUACGGCACCAAUCAACCAACAUCCAUGCCCCUUGACCUUUGACAAGUCUCAGCUUUGAAAACCAACAUGCCCCAGACCCCUUUACAAUGACCUAUAGGGAUUCAUUCCUUCUCAAACUCUAGUAUUAGAGCUCUCGAGUUUCACGAGUUCAUAAGUUCAACAUCCCUCCCUGUUCAAUGUCGGGUCAAUUUAGAGUCCUCAGUCUAAAGUUACAAUACAAAAUGUGAGGACACUUUUCUCUGUGUUCAGGUGGUCGGGCUGCUGCUAUAGGCUAAACACAGAGGCCUAUACAUCCAUGACCUGGUUGGCACUGGACUGGCAAGUGAUCAUGUUCUUGAAUGGAACGUGUGGAUGGUGGCUAGUCGCUAUUAAUAGCUUACAGUCAUAAAUACUUUCCAGUCUCCAGAUUAAAACCGAGGAGAGGAAGAGAGAUGCCAUGACCUGAUCUUUCCCUCUGCAUUGCCAAGUCCAUGAACUUCCAUUAUCGCAACCACCGUCACCAGUCAGGUGGGCUUUCUAUUGCCACCCACCACGGGCCCCGGGGCAACAUUAUCUAAGGAGGACGGAGGUCCCCAUAGCAACACGUGAAUCACUCACCCAGGGCCCAGGGGUAACUAAAGGACACAGGCUGACCCAUGAGGAACACAACGCACCAUAGUGAGUGUUAAAGUGUUUAGAGGCUGGACUGUCCCUGUCCCUGUCCCAACUCCCAAACCCCCCCCCCCCCCCCCCCCCAGUCACACAUGAGCUCCACCAGGAGGAAGAGGAGGUGGAGGAAGAUGAUGAUGCGGUGCUGGAGUGAUGAGCUUUCCGGCUCCCUCCAAAAACUGCUCUGACAACAGGUCAUGAGGCGAUUGACAGGGGCGAUUCUGAACACACAGAAGAAAACCAGAAGCUGAAAUAGGGAGUGGACACAGCAAUAUUUAAAAUAACCAACUAAUUGAUUGAUAAAUAGAUAGACUAAUUGAUUGAUUGAUUGACAGAUUGACUGAUACUUAUUUGACCAAUGUCAUUAUAGUUUUAUGACCAAUUAUCCAUAUCAACUGUUUAGCAUGGAUCUGCAUGUUGUCUCUCUCUCUCAUAGAGAACCAUAGAGACUGUACACACUUUCUACCUAGCCACCCUAGGCACUUCAGAAACUGUAUACUUCUCCACCGGCUCGGCCAAUUAAACCGUCCCUUUUGAGAACACGUGACUUGUGUUCACGGCUUAUAUUACAUGGUCUUGAACGCACUGAAUGUUACCUGCUGUGAAAUAUUACCACAAUAGCAUCAAGAUAAGACUGAUGUACAGAUUGAACUAGGAAUAUUCAUUAUAUACAUGUUCCAUUGUUUCUUAACGCACCAAUGUUAUAUUACAUUUCUAUACCGUGUAAUUUGUACACGUAUUUGUGUACUGUAUGUGUAAUGAGAUAUAUAUAUAUAUAUAUAAGGACACACUGUUGAUGUUAUUUAUAUACAGCUUGGUGUUUAAACGUUUAUAUAUAAUGAUUGUUUAUGCCUUGGCCAGGUCUCCCUUGAAAAAAGAGACUCUGGGUCUCAAUGGGCUUUUCCUGGUUAAAUAAAGGUUAAAUAAAUACUAUAUAUAUAUAUAUAUAUCGACAUCUAUCAGAAAGAAAACCAACCCCCCCCCCCCCAAAAAAAGAGGAAAUGGAUUACAUUAGCUAAGUUCUUUCGGACCAAUUCAAAAUAUGUUUACUCUUGAAAUGAGGUAUGUUCAAAAGUAUUGAACGGUUUCAAUUUGUUUGGUUGUAAUGCUUGAAAAUGUUCUACGUGAUAUGGAGAAUGUGUUCCGAAUGAAUAAACUACUGACAUGUGUUUUUUUUUUUAAUGA